AUGUUGGGGAAUAAGACAAGGAUAACAGAAAUCAUCCUCCUGGGAUUUGAUGACUUGACUAACCUUCAGAGUAUACUUUUUCUGGCAUUUCUAGUGGUCUAUAUUGUGACCAUAACUGGAAACACUCUCAUAUUUUUGCUUGUUAUACUUGAUCGGCACCUUCAUACACCCAUGUACUUCUUCCUGAGGAAUAUCUCCUUCUUGGAAGUCUGUUAUACCUCUAAUAUUUUUCCAAGGAUGCUUUUGGCUCUCCUGACUGGGAACAGAUUGAUUUCUUUCAGCAGCUGCCUCACCCAGUGGUACCUCUGUACUUUUUUAGUAGUUUCAGAAUGCUGUUUAUUCUGUGUGAUGUCUUAUGACAGGUAUCUGGCAGUCUGCAAACCACUACACUAUGCAACAAUGAUGAAGACUCCAACUUGUGUCCAGUUAGCAGCUACAUCUUGGAUCAGUGGAUUUACAAUUUCUUUGCUAUUACUCAUUCUGAUAUUGAAGUUAAAUUUUUGUGGCCCCAAUGAAAUAGAUCAUUACUUUUGUGACUAUGCCCCAAUCCUAAAGCUCUCUUGCAGUGACACUAGAAUGAUAAAAAAGUUGAGUGAUGUUGCGGCUGCUAUGUUUACACUCUCUCCAUUCCUUCUAACCUUGACAUCCUAUGUAUAUAUUAUAGUGGCCAUCUUGAAAAUUCCCUCCACUACUGGGAGAAAAAAAGCCUUUUCUACAUGUUCCUCUCACUUGACUGUGGUGUCUCUUUUCUAUGGGUCCAUAAUAAUUGUGUAUAUGCUGCCAAAGAAUGAAGAAAAGCAUAAGAUUAAAAAGUUUUCUUCUCUUCUGUAUAUAGUGCUGCCCCCUCUUCUUAACCCCUUCAUAUACACCCCGAGAAACAAGGAGGUCAAAGUAAGUUUGAGAAAUAUUAUUGCCUCAAUUGUGCACUACAAACUCAUCCCAUGA